AGGCUUGCGCCCGCGCCCCUGCUGCGGCUGUCGGCCACCACCGCCGUCGCGCCCGCGGCCGAGCGUCGUCCACCCGCCGAGCCUGCGCGCUGGCCGUCCGCGGAGCCCGUCGUGGUGGGAAGGGUGCCUGCAGGCCCUCAGGACGUUGGGAGCCUGCACCAGCGGACGCGCGCCAGCUUCCUGGCCGCGGGGCUGACCGAGAGUAUGGUGCAGGACGUGCGCGCCGACAUGGUCUGGACGGACCCUUCCGGAAGGUCUUACAGCGCGUCGGAGGUGCGGGCAGCAUUCCCCGACGGGCCGAGCUCUUUUCCGGCGAGCAUGUUCCCGAUGACGCUGACCAUGAAGUUUGUAGCAGCUGCGACGACAGCGUCUCAUCCAGCGGAACCACUGUCCGAGGACAAGGUGGGCACUUCGGUGCCGCGGCACACCAUGUCGAAGCGCUUUUGGGCGAUGAUCUGGUGGUCCGUGGUGUUCGUUCCGAUGGUGGGGCCAGCGCUGAUCUACGCACAGCUCAGACGGCUCGCGUCCCGGCUGGCGGGCGCCCUGAGCCGCGCGGCCCCGCGGCGGGCGCGGCGCGCCGUGGCCUCAGUUCUUGUGACGUUUCGCACACACCGCGAACGCCCCAGACCGCCUGCGCCCUGAAGGGCGCAC